AUGUCAGGUCUAAACCCGCGGGCUGAAGGUCCAUCCUCACCGCCUCCGUUAUACGCCGCCGUGUCUGGUCUCAAAACACCUCCGCCAAAUGGUCGUGCUGUACUGUACAAUGGGAACAGCGUGAGCCCACGAAGAAGUAAAGGCGAAGCUGCGAAUCAAACUCAAUGCCGUAACAUUGUUAUCUACGGCUACUGCCGCUAUCAGGAUAGAGGGUGUAUCUUCAAUCACGAUACCAGCAACAUUUCUCCAUCCAAAAACCCAGCUUCGCCAGGUCAGCCCGGCAACCACAUUAACGCCGAUAUGUCGAAAAGAAAGUUAAAUGUCGAGUCCGCCUCCUUCACCCCGGGCCAGUCCCCAUCCUUUGGGAAUGCCGUUAUGGCAUCUCCACCGCAGUCGAAGCUUAGCACAAAGGCAUUGGAAGCAGCUGUGUUUACUCCUAGAAUGAGUGCAUUGUCUGCUGCCGCCUCCCCACCUAUGAGCAACCCUCCGCUGCCCCCACAGAUGAACAUGAUGGACCCCAUGAUGCAAGGCACAAGCUACAUGCAACCUGAGAUUCCACCCUUCCCAAAUCUUUCCCAGACAUUCGAUGGCAUGGGGCUCGACCCGGCCCCUCUCCAACCGAAUCCCUAUGAAUACAACCCGGUCCCCCCUCAACCACAUGCACAGGUCAACCCAUAUGCGCACCAGAAUAACCCUAAUGAAGUUUAUUACGCACAACAAUCCUAUCAACCGGUGCAAUAUCAUCUAUAUGCCCCAAUUGGCCCACACAAGCAAAACCUAUUAUCCUAUCAGAGAACGGUCCAUGAUCUUUUCCUGAAGGAUAGUGUUAGGGAGGACUUGCAGAAGAAGGCGGAAGCCUCUCUUCAGACUCUUCCUAAUUCCACUCUUCCCAAUGUGGACUCUUAUCACAGCUUAGUCCCCCUUGAUCUUCACGUGGCCAAAUCGCAGAGUAAAAAUGCUCCGGCACCGCCGCAGCCGACUUUCGGAUACACAAGUUGGGUUUACAAAGCAACAAGUACGAAGGAUGGCUCGUACUACAUUCUGCGUCGCUUAGAAGGUUUCCGCUUAUCAAAUGAGAAGGCUAUCCGAGUGGUUGAGCACUGGAAGCGAGUCAUGAAUGCAAAUGUUGUUACAGUCCAUGACGCCUUCACGACUCGGGCCUUUGGUGAUAAUUCAAUCGUCUUCGUCUUCGAUUACUUUCCACUUUCUCAAACUAUUCAAGACGUCCACUUUGGCCCAAAUUCCCGCUAUCAGAACCGACAGCAUGCCAACCAGACUCAGAAUGCGAACACAGAGCACAUGCUUUGGAGCUACAUCGUACAGAUAGCUUCGGCUCUCAAGACCAUCCACGCGGCUGGAUUGGCAGCUCGAGUUAUCCAGCCAAACAAAAUUCUACUCACAAACAAGAACAGAAUCCGAAUCAAUUGCUGCUCGGUCCUCGACGUCCUGAAUUUCGACGCUGGCAGGUCCCUAGUUGAACUGCAGCAGGAAGAUUACCUCGCCUUCGGAAGAGUUAUAUUGGCCAUCGCGUGCAAUAACCCUCAUGCGGCGCUCAAUGCUCAGAAGUCGAUGGACUAUGUUAGUAGAACUUAUAGCCCGGAACUCAAGAACUUCUUGCUCUACGUCUUCAACGGACCAGCUUCCGGAGGGCCAAGGACUAUGGAAGAACUACUUGGAAUGAUUUCCUUUCAAUUGGUUCAAAACUUCGAUUCUUCUUUGCACCAAAACGAUACCCUCGAAGCGCAGUUGGGUGGAGAGUUGGAGAACGGCCGACUUGUCCGACUGCUUUGCAAAUUCGGGUUUAUCAAUGAACGGCCAGAGUUUGCUCACGACCAAGCAUGGAGCGAGACUGGUGAUAGGUACUUGAUCAAGUUGUUUAGGGAUUACGUUUUCCAUCAAGUGGACGAAGCUGGGAACCCGGUGAUUGAUAUUGUUCAUGUCUUAUCGUCCUUGAACAAGCUUGAUGCGGGGACGGAUGAACGGAUCAUGUUGGUUAGUAGGGACGAGCAGAAUUGCCUGAUUGUCAGCUUUAGAGAAAAACCAGCCUCCGUACCGAAACCCACAUUACGACCACCACGACCACCAAUUGUAAACCCUCGACGUGCUACGUACUCUGCAACUCUUGAACCAACCGCUUCUAUGUCAAUGCGACGACCAUAUUCAUACCCCCCACCCCCCUCACCCGAUGCCGUAAACGUCGUUCCGCGAGAUUCAAAUUACUAUUUACACCCACCACCCCAUUCGCGCAUGCCUCUCCCUCCACCUCCACCCCCACCUCCCCCGCCACCAACAAUGCAUGUUCAGCCCCCGACAAUGUAUUAUCAACACCCAGCAUCUUUGCCCUUUGCGCCCCAACCAGAUCAACAGUAUUCGGUGCCUACACCAGUGACGAAUCACUACGGAGCAGCUAGAAACCCCUAUGCCCAUCCUUCACCGCUAGUACCAGUUACCGAAAAUCAUAGGAGGACGAGAGUGAAGAGGCGAGUUUGGCCACCUAGCCUGGGUGAUAGCUAUGUGGAUUCUGGCCAUUCAACUCCCGAUUUUGCCCCCACCGGUAUGACCCAUAACGUUCAAGCCGAUUCUGGUUUCUGGUAG